AUGAAGGUCUUCCUGCAAGUACUGCUGGCUGCCCUCCUGGGUGUGGAGCAAGCCUGUUCCCUCAUGUGCUUCUCCUGCACCAAACAGAAGAGCAACUUCUACUGCCUGUGGCCAACCAUUUGCUCAAAACUUGACAACUACUGUGUGACCCAGUCUAUCUCUACUGGCACUGGGAAAAUCGUGGACUAUGGCUACAGCCUGAGCAAAGCCUGCUCUGCUAUCUGCCCCAUAUCAAGCUUUGACAAUUACGUGACAGUUGUGGACAACAAAUGCUGCUCAACCUCCCUGUGCAAUUUCAGCGCUGCUGGAAGUGGACCUCAGGCCAGCGCCCCACUGCUGAGCCUUGGGGUCCUGCUCAGCCUGCUGUCGGCCAUGCUGUGGCUGGGCCCCUGA